AGGAAUUGGAAACCAAACGGGCAGGGAUGGAAACCUACCUGAGAGAGGAGGGUAACUGGAGUCUUACUAGUGUGGAUACCGUGGUUGGCCCACGCAACUACAGUGACCCGUCUUACAUGUUCUCCGGCCACCAGCUUCUCCUGCGCUUCAAGAUGCUCUUCAUCCCGCUCUACUGCCUCCUGGUGGCUGUGGCCUGCAUAGGCAAUGCCUUUCUGUUGGCCUGCAUUGUAGCUGAUAAAAAGCUACACAACGCCACCAACUUCUUCAUCGGGAACCUGUCUGCUGCUGACCUGCUCAUGUGCCUGUGUUGUGUGCCUUUCACCGUGUCCUAUGGCUUUGAGGCUCACGGCUGGCUCUUUGGCCGGUUUAUGUGCCACUUUGUUGCGCUCAUGCAGGCCGCCACCGUCUAUGUUUCAGUCUUGUCCUUGACAGCCAUCGCGGUGGACCGCUACGUGGUGGUGGCGUACCCUAUUCGUCGCCGGAUCACACUCAAGUGUUGUGGGAUGGUUGUGCUGGGCAUCUGGGCACUUUCUCUGGUUCUGGCUGCUCCUCCGUCGGUUCACACCAGCUACCUGGAUCUGCACCAGAUUGGCCAUGACCUGGUUGUGUGUGAGGAGUUCUGGAUAGGCUCAGAGAAGCUAAGGGUGCUCUACUCCUGUCUGAUGCUUCUGAUGUCCUACAUGAUCCCCCUGCUCUCCGUCACUGUAUCUUACUGUGCCAUCACGGUUCAUCUGAAGCACCACUGCCUACCAGGAGCUGUGGAGCAGAACCAGGCCAAAUGGAACAAGAAGAAACGCAAGACUUUCAUGCUGUUGGUCACUUCUGUUCUGGCCUUCGCCCUCUGCUGGCUACCUCUGCAGGUCCUCAACCUGAUCCGAGAUCUUGACGUGGAUUUCAGCAUCAUAAACAAACACUGCAUCAACGUCAUCCAGGUCUCCUGCCACCUGGUGGCCAUGAGCUCUUCCUGCUACAAUCCUUUCAUCUAUGCCUCCCUCCACCACAAGUUCCGGGUCCACCUUCAGGGUUACCUGCGGCCCCAGAGACACCGCCAGAGCAGCCUGCUGUCCCUGCGCGCCUCCCGCUACAACAACACCUGCCUCAGCCACGUCUCUGAGCACCCCGCCAAGGACGGGAGGGGGCUGGAAAGCUGAAUGGUCAAUGUGCUCUGAUUGGCAAGGUUGUGCAGAGAAGGUUGUGAAACUGCAGCUUGGUGUCUGCCAUGUUGGCUCUCGCUCCUCUGCUACUGACUGCUGACUCCUUUGUUGAGCUGCAAUGGCGACAGUUUCAUAACCUCCUCUACUAUGUUAGCAUUGUUUUAGUCUAGCACAGGUGACACUAGAGAGCAGGGAGUGCUUGAGAAAAGGGAUUAUCAAUUGGUAGCAUUACUAAUUUAAAUAGUUUCAAUUAACAAAUGAACAGUACGGCACUGUAUUGAAAUCCUUACAGACCUCACAUUCUGCUACACGGUUUCCCUUUUCUUCAGCAAACAAGAGGUGUAUAAAAUUGGCGUGAAGUUCGCUGCCAUUUGAAUAUACUGGUACUAUAUGAAGAGUGUUUGCUCUCGUUCAGGCUCGCCACAAUAAUUGACAUUCGCAAAUUGAAAAACCCUGAAUCAUUGGAUUAAAAAAAAAAGGAUUUCAAAACUGAGUCGCUGUGAUAAGAACCGAUUGGAACCAUACUGAGGACAGUAUACAAAAUAUGAGGAAAUGUAAUUUGAAGUUAUUUACUGUUAUCUGGUGAACAGAUUAAGUAGGUGGACAUGCUUGGUUUAGAUUACAGGCCUGUGGUUUGCUUUAAGGACGAAUUGUCUAAAGAUAAUUAUAUAUUUAUUCAUUCGUUCAUUCUGGCUCUAGGCAGUAAAUAUUUCAAUAUCUUUUCUGCAAACAGUUUUGUAAAAAAACUAACCAAACAAACCCCACAUUUUUUGAAUAAAAUUGCCCUUUUGUGAAUAAUUGCUGCUAUAUGUACCUGGACAAGGUGUGUGUUGAGGCACAUCCCUUAGUAAAAAAAAAAAAAAAAAAAAAAUUGCGGAAUGUAAUAAAGCAUAUUGAAAACAAGGUAAAACAGAGGUAUGGUAUAGCAAAAACAAGAGUUUAGGUUUUUGGGCUAUAUCGGGGACAUUCUUAAACCAUGCAUCUGGAAUUGCUAGAGUAAGUGGAAGUUUUUGAAAAGAAGACUGUUUGAGACGGACCUUUUCAGAACAGUCAAAAUAUAUCUAAACUGAAAAAAAUGUUGGAAAUGGUUUGAGAUGUCUGUCAGAAAGGAGGUCAUA